AACAGGAAGUGCAUCAUGGGCUGCGUUCCAAAAUUCACUGCCACUAAUGAAAAUCUAUAAUUUACGUGACGUACACUAUAGAUUUUCAGUACUGGCAGUGAAUUUUGGAACACAGUCAUUGUGUGCAAGUAACGUCGAGGAUAACUAGUGUAACCUUACUCUACUGUUCGCGGACCAUGCGUCUUUCGUACAACAUGGCGACCGGCAAAGGCUUGGCUGUGAUUUUCUUGCCGAGAACCAUCAACUUAAUUGGGAACAAUAAGCUAAACAAGUUCUCGUGCAAUGUUUUACAGCAGGGCAAUGCGUGUCGGCGACACGUGGCGAGCAUUGCGUCAACUGUCGGUCGCCCAAAUUGCGGCAAAACAGAAAAAGAUAAUUUUGGAAGGAUAGUGCAGCCACAUAGAACCAUACAUAUAACAAAUAGAUUGUUAAAACGCAAUUAUUAUGAGAUCCUGGGUGUUUCCAAAAAUGCUUCAGCCAAAGACAUAAAAAAAGCUUAUUAUCAAUUAGCUAAAAAAUAUCAUCCUGAUACGAAUAAAGGAGAUCCGGAUGCUGGUAAAAAGUUUCAGGAAGUUUCAGAAGCUUAUGAAGUAUUGAGCGAUGAUACUAAGAGGAAAGAAUUUGAUAUGUGGGGUGCAACUUCUGAGCAAAUGGGGAUGGGAAUGGGUAGUCAGGGAACCAAGAGUUACAAUCAACACUGGCAAUACAGGUCAACUAUUAACGCGGAAGAAUUGUUUAGAAAAAUAUUUGGCGAUGCUGGAUUUCAAAGCGGAGCCUUUAAUGACUUUGAAGAUUUUGCAGAGACAUCGUACGGUUUUGGAGCGGCUCAAGAGGUGAUAAUGAACUUAACAUUUUCUCAAGCUGCCAGAGGUGUAAAUAAGGAUAUCCAGGUAAAUGUAGUAGACAAUUGUCCGAAAUGUCAAGGCUCACGUUGUGAGAUUGGAACGAAACCGGCAAAAUGUCAUUAUUGUAAUGGUACAGGAGUGGAGACGAUAACCACUGGUCCUUUUAUAAUGAACUCCACUUGUCGAUACUGUCAAGGUACAAGAAUGCACAUCAAAUUUCCUUGUACAGAGUGUGGAGCAAAAGGACAGACGGUACAACGUAAGAAAAUAACGGUACCGGUUCCCGCCGGAGUGGAAGACGGUCAAACGAUUCGAAUGCCGGUCGGCAGGAAGGAGAUAUUUGUAACAUUCCGUGUAGAGAAAUCCCGGUAUUUCCGCCGUGACGGCGCCGACGUGCACACCGACGCGGGAAUCUCGCUGGCGCAGGCGGUAUUGGGCGGUACGAUACGAGUGGAGGGCGUAUAUGAGGAUCUAACUAUCCAAAUAACACCGGGCACGUCGUCUCAUACGCGAAUCCGUUUGAGUGGCAAAGGGUUAAAAAAAGUCACUGGAAUUGGUUACGGCGAUCAUUACGUGACCAUUAAAGUCUUGGUACCUAAACAAUUGACCGAUAAACAACGGGCGUUACUACAAACGUACGCUGAGCUUGAGACCGAUACCCCCGGCAGUAUACAUGGUGUAACAUAUAAAACAGACGGUACAAAAGAGAGUUAUUCAGGUCCGUUACACUUAAUAGAGUCUAUACGAAUAGCACUGGGAAAUAUGCCUGAAUUUGAAAAACUGUCUUCAUCGGAGCCCGAACAUCCGGGAGAUAAACGGCAGAAUAGGUCUGUGCGCACCAAAGAUACGUCGAAUACCGAUAGGAAAAAUGACACUAAUGGUGAAAUGCAACGGCAGAAAAUGCCUUAGCUAUAAUUGCAUAACGUUUAAAGCAAUCUCUUAAAAUCUAGAGAAUGCUAUUCAUUGCUAAUAAAUACAAAAAUAUCGCUAGUACUACUAAAAGGAAUCGUAGAGGGGAUACAUUGCAGUCGUGUACACUUUUGAUCAAGUUAAAAAUAAAUCUGAGGAUCUGGAUAAUCAAUAGUAAAUAAAUGAAACCAGUUUGAUGUCGCUUAGA